AUGCUCAAUUCAAGAUCCAUUUUGCUGAACGCCUAUCGUGCAAAUUUGCCAAGAGCGGUUGCCAUGUCGUCUACUAGUUUCAAUCCGGUUCCAGCGACACGUGUAGAGGACCAUAAGGUGUCUAUUUGGGUUGAGUUCACAACACUUGCGGCGGAAUGCCAAGCAGUCAAUCUUGGACAGGGAUUUCCGGAUAGUCCAGCACCGAAGUUUGUAACAGACAUUCUUAAGGAGAUCGCCAACCAUCCUGAGCUCCCGAGUUGCCAUCAAUACACUAGAGGUUAUGGUCACCCUUUACUUGUAUCAAUUCUGGCUAAAAUGUACAGUGACUUGUAUGGAGUCAAUGUCAAUGCGAAUGAUGAGAUUUUAGUGACUGUUGGAGCUUAUCUAGCUCUUUAUUAUUCUUUUCUUGGAUGGAUCAACAAAGGGGAUGAAGUAUUGAUCAUCGAACCAGCUUAUGAUUGCUAUUACCCUCAAGUCAAGUUCGCUGGUGGAGUUCCAGUCCCAAUUGUGAUGAGAUUGCCGAAGGAUGCUACUUUUGCUUCCCAAUUUACGAUUGAUUUCAACGAAAUGGAGAAAAAGAUCACUAAUAAAACGAAAAUGCUAGUUCUCAACAACCCUCAUAAUCCAACAGGAAAGCUGUUCUCGCGUCAGGAGCUCGAAAAAUUGGCCGAGAUUGCAAAGAAGCACGAUCUUCUUGUUAUUGCUGACGAGGUCUACGAAUUUCAUGUUUGGGAUAAGAAGGAUAUGAUCCGAUUUGCUAGUCUUCCUAGAAUGUAUGAGCGCACUAUUUCAAUUGGAAGUGCGGGAAAAGCGUUUUCAGUUACUGGUUGGAAACUUGGAUGGGCAAUUGCGCCAAAGAAUCUUCUGGAGCCUCUUAAGGCAAUUCAUCAAAAUUGUGUUUUCACCUGCUCGACUCCAACUCAACUGGGCAUUGCACAAGCAUUUGAGAAAGAUUGGCCGAAAUUCCACACGGACCCUCAAAAUUCAUAUCUUGCCACUGGACUUUCAGGAGAGUUGCUCGCCAAGAGAGAUAAACUGGCUGAAAUGCUUCGAGAGGGAAAUUUCCGUCCAAUUCUUCCAGACGCUGGUUAUUUCAUGCUUGCUGACUAUUCGCAUUUGAAAAAACUUCGUGAUUUCACAUCGCCUGAUGAUCCAGAUGAUUUCGUGUUUUCGAGAUGGUUGUGCCGUGAAAAGAAUUUGGCCGUGAUUCCUCCAUCAGCAUUCUAUUCUUCUAUGGAGGAGAAGAGAAAAAAUGACGAUUUGGUUCGCCUUUGCUUUUUCAAGAAAGACGAGACGCUCGAUGCGGCAAGAAAAAUUUUGCAGGAUCUUGGACGCGAGACUGAAUAA